UAAACAUAGGGGUAUUCUGGGAAAUACAGUUGUCAACACGUACAUCGUCUUUCAUCUCGGAAGCUUCUUCUUCCUCCUAACUUGCUCUCGCUUUGACUCGGAAAAUACUAGUAAAAUUCACCAAAGUCCACGCGAACGAUUGCGUCUAACUUGUUUAAUAUCUCGUAGAUCUUGACAAUUAUAUUUGUUCGACAUUUGAGAAUCGAAAGUGCUAUUUUUAUCCAGAGCAUUGAGGCUGCAAUGCGUGCGCCAUCGCUACUUGCGCAGUGCUUGCCUGGCCUCGCACCGCAAGACAAGGGGAGUCAAAGUGUGUCCGUUAUUUCGGACAGAGAUGUGCAUCUUUCGUCUCCAGCUGUCGAGAUUCUCCCGUCAAGGAUGGCUCAUCCGUACAAAUAUGCUGGGGAGAAUGUCGAUUUGCAAGGAGUAAGCAUAUUCAAGGGAAGAGUUAGUGUCGCUGAUAUGAUUGGGCUAUCUGGUUCAGAUUUAAUAGCUUCAAAAGUUGAUGGGUCGGUGAAAUCCUGGGAAAACUCUAUUGAUCUUGUCAAUGUCCUUAAGCAUGAUAUACGGGAUGGUCAACUCAGCUUUAGAGGCAAGAGGGUGUUGGAGCUUAGCUGUAGCUAUGGCCUUCCUGGGAUAUUUGCUUGCCUGAAGGGAGCAGCUACAGUACAUUUUCAAGAUCUGAAUGCAGAAACUAUAAGGUGCACAACCAUUCCUAAUGUGCUAGCAAAUCUUGAGCUUGCUAGAGACAGGCAAAGCCGACAGCCUGAAAGCCCCUUGACUCCAUCACGACAACCACUUGCCCCGUCUGUGCACUUCUACGCUGGGGACUGGGAAGAACUCCCUAUGGUUCUGUCGGUUGUAAAGAAUGAUGCACCUGAAGUGCCAACAGGAAUGAGCCUGAGCUUUUCUGAAGAGGAUUUUAAUGAUGGAUGUAGCAGCCAGGAUGGCAGCAUUAUGGGGCAAGACUUCUCAUUAAGGAGAUCAAGAAAGCUCUCAGGAAGCAGGGCGUGGGAACGAGCUAGUGAGAUGGACCAAGGAGAAGGGGGCUAUGAUGUUAUUUUGUUAACUGAGAUUCCUUAUUCAGCGACCUCUUUGAAGAAGCUGUAUGCACUCAUAAAAAAGUGUGUAAGGCCUCCAUAUGGAGUAUUGUACCUGGCCACAAAAAGGAAUUAUGUUGGCUUCAAUAGUGCAGCACGGCAGCUGAGAAGCCUGGUAGAUGAAGAAGGCAUUUUUGGAGCUCAUUUAGUCAAAGAAACAGCAGAUCGGGAAAUAUGGAAGUUUUUUCUUAAAUAAAACUUUCAGUAUGGAUAUUGACCAUCUACUGAAAUAUAGGUCUGCAUUAACUCGCAGUGUUUAAUUUUGUACAAACAUAACUCACAAAAUUUAUGUUUUAUUUUAAGGCUAUGAUAUAUGAUUCACAAAUGUGGGCAGAUAGGUAACAAUAUCUUUGUAUUAUUUUAUUCUUAUUUUUUCUUUUCCCACUUGGCAUUGAUGAAUUGCUAUAAGCCUAAGCUGUAUAUCAACAAAUUUAUGUAUCUUUUUAUUACGGGGAGCUUGAAUCUGCA